AUGACUGUCAUCGAAACGGUUAAAAGUGCCGUUGGCCUUUCGGAGACCUCUGCAACCCGGCAGGAAAUGUCGGAAGCCCGUCUUCCCAUGCAAUACAGAGAUUCAUGCGCACACCUGCUGAUCCCAUUGAACCGAUGCCGGCAAGCAGAGUACUACCUUCCCUGGAAGUGUGAGGAUGAACGACACUCAUAUGAGAAGUGCCAGUACGAAGAGUUCAAGAAGCGUGUGGCCAAGAUGGACGAGCUGCGUGCCGCCAAGGAUGGUGCCCGGAGCAACUGA